UAACCUUAAUUAAACAUAUAAAACCUUUUUCUAGCUACCUGACAAAAGAACUAAAUUAAAUUAAUGCCAUUUUUCACUCAGUUUAAUUUACUUUUUGUGUAAUUGCAGAUUUAUGCAAAUGGAUGAAUGGCCGUAAGUAUUACAUUGACGUGGGAGAAUCUGGGAUCAUCAGUGUUGAGAAUGCAACCAGCAUGUCGAAAGGGGCAGAGACUGUCACCACCACUACCAACAACAACCAACCUCAAAUACCUCAAAGAUGCAGCGUCGAACUCAUUACCUGCCCAUCCUGUCAUUUAGAAAUCACUAUACAAAAACUCCAUAUUCCCACCUGUUCCAAUGAUAAAACUUGCAGGUGCGAUUUUUUAUGGAUAAAAGAAUCUGCGUACAGCAAAUCUGGUCGUGAAUACUGUGGAACUAAAGGAAACGGUUCAACAGAUUUGGUGUACGAGUCUAAGACGAAGCUUGUCUCCGUCGAUUUUUUAUUUAGUGGUUCAUAUGAAGAAGCUUUCAGUCUGCAAUUCUCUGCUAAAAAAAAUAUUUAUAUUUACAAAGGAAGCUAUGAUUACUUUGAAUCUAACAGUUCUGGAGUAAUAAAAUCUCCUAAUUUCCCUGGUGGAUAUCCUAGCGACUACAGCGCAGAAUAUAUCAUUCAAAAUCUUGAGCAAAUAGGAUUCGUUCAACUCAUUUUCACAGAUUUUCAAUUAUCCUUGUGGUCAUAUGUAGAGGUGUUUGACAGCAAUGGGACACGGAUUGAUGUAUACAAUGGUAACACUUUUCGACCUCCAGCUAUUGUUUCCUCUGGACCAACUCUCACUGUUAAGUUCCAAGCAAAUGAUGAAUACCCUAGCACAGGGUUCCAAGCCAGAUACACAUUCGUUAGCUGUGAGUUUUUAAUCUUUCUUUUUUAUGACAAAGAAAAUGUUCUGUAUUAUUAAACGUCCAAAAUUAAGAUCACAUUGUUUUAGUAUUAUUGUUGUUUCUAAUACCACUUGUC